UUCUCUGGUUGUUCUCUAAAGGUGCUGGUAAGAGUUCACUUGUCAAUAUGCUUGCGUCGGUGGUUAGUCAGAGUACGCAAUCACCGUGUCAUGUUGCCACCACAGCUAGCUCAGACGAAGGCUGCACUCGCUACGUGAGUCCAGGCUGGCAUUUCGGCGGUGUGUGCCUUGUCGACACCCCGCCCAUGGUCGUCUCAGACAAUGCCGAUGCUGCUGCUGUGGAGCUGGAGAUGAAACUGUGGGCGUACGGCGUGCUCGAGGGUCGUCUGAAUCACAAUGAGGACAUGCGACAGCUGAGCGAUGAGCGGCUUUCCGAGAUCACUGAGUGCCGUGCUGAGGCUCGCCCGUUGGCUGAACAAAUCCACGGCCUCAUCAUCGUGAUUGACGAGGGGAAAAUUCCACUCAACGGCGACCUCAGUGCUAGCAACUACCCGAGAAGGCUCAAGGACUUCUACCGGAAGUUCACCAAGAACAGGCUGCGCUUCCGCGGAAUGGAGCCGCUGGUGGUGGUGACCAACUGUGCCAAGCAUCCGUCAGAGAUGUACAUUGAUGCCGUUGUGCAACUAUCGAGAGCCAUGCAUGGAUCGCGGUUCUUCCUCGACAAUCAGUUAGGAAAAGAGCGUCAGUAUUCUGAUUCCAUGCAGCUUGAAGCACUGGAAAUACUCUCUGUUGUCACAAACCAUGCUGAACUGUUCAUCCUUCGCCGCCAGCAACUUGAGAAGCAGCAGAGGGAAGACGCAACCAUCACGGAUUCCACCCCGUUAGACAUCAUGCUCAGCAAGACGUUGUCAAGCUACGGCUUCAACAAGAACAGGUUACUAACGAUGGCACAGACACUGCAGUCGCGUGGUAUCAACAGCAAACGAGGCCUUCUCGACAGCUGGGACGUUGCGCGAAGUGCCAUCGGCUCAAACACGGUCCUCUUCGACAAGCUACAGGAGGAAAUGAGGAGACAGCAUGGACUGGUUUUUGCGCAGUGAGGUCCGUGUUUGGAAAUCACUGGUCUGAAUGUGAGAAGUGCUGCUAGUUAUUUGUGUGUGUGUGUGUGUGUGUGGUGUGUGUGUGUGUGUGCACGCGCGCGUGGGCGUGUGUGUGUGCAGUUUAUUCGUGUGAGCUCACGAUUAUCCGGCAAUUUCUCAAUUCGAGCCCAUGUAAGCGUUCCUGAGCAUGCCCGCCCGCGCGCGCGCGUCCGUGCACAAUGGUGGGUGUACACAGCAUGCUUGGCACUGCCGGGUGAACGUGUUGCGCUCACUCAGUAAACACCGAGAGAAUGCGUCCGGUUCUCGCCACGUGCGCUUGCCACCACAGUUGAAGGAAAUGUGCUACACUGAGGUGUGCAACGUGUGCUUAGGAAUAACUGUCCUUUCAGCGGUUUGCUUUGUGUUAUCACGUAUAGCUGCACGGUGUUAGUCGGUGUGGAGUUCUGGAGGAAAGCGCUUUGUCUGCCGUAACAUGAUUUGGUGUCCGUUGACUGCGAACGGGCUGGGCUGGCCUGCGCUUCUUCUACUAGUCUAUGUCGUCUCUAGGCUUGCCUGUUUUCAAACUUCCUCUGUAAAGAUGUUCAUUGCCAUAAUAAAUUAUAGUUUUCAAUAUCACAAUUUAAAUUUGUCCUCAGACUUUUCUCGUUUGCGUCUUUCCCUCAAACCAAUGAAUACAGAUUUGUUUUAUAUGAAAGAUUUUUAUAGGCCGGCCCUUUCUUUUCGAACUUAUUUUAUUCCUGCUACUAUUAUAAUGCAAAUUUCACUUUGCACUUUUACAAUCUCCCCUCCAUUUCCCCUACAAUUGAUGUAUCUCUUCGAUGAUGCAACUUCUCUGAUUGUGUUAUCUCAGCAGUUACUUGAGCAAUCUCUGCAAAAACCUUAAGGCAGCUGGAUUGUUUUAUUGAAAAUUCGCAUGUUUGAAAGUCUCCUCACUACCAGA